CCGCCACCUCCGCCCCUCAGCCGCCACCUCCGCCCGCCCGCAGCGCGCCCCGACCCGCCAUGAGCUGCCGGCAGCCGCUGCCGAGCGAGCGGGGAGCCAGGCAGAGGAAGAGGAGAAGGAAUGGAAAUGAAGAUGAUGGUCACGUUCCCCAGACCAAACGUAGCACCAGGAAUUCUGUCCUGCAGGACUCGUGGGACACUGAGAAGGUGGCUGUCACGAAGCUCACUAAGGAGCGCAGACUAAAAGGAACCAAAGUGUCCUGUGCGUCCUCCAGCAGUGACAGUGGGAGCAGCAGCAGCAGCAGCUGUAGCAGCAGCAGCAUCAACAGCCCUGACAGAGCAGAGUCCAGCCUGAACCCCAGGAUUGCAGGAUCCAGCCCUGUCUCCUCCCAGCCCUUCCACGAGCAGUCUGCACUAAGCCAAGGUCCUUACUUCCACAUCAACCAGAUCCUGAAGGAAGCUCACUUCCACAGCCUACAGAGCCGGGGACGCCUCCCUACAUGAUGACCCAGCAGCUCCCUGCCUUCUGUGAAGGGACAGCACUGUGUAGAUUUGAUAUUUCAACUUCAAAGUUUGUUAAAAUGGAAUUGCACAAAAAUUGCCUGUUGCCUUUUCAGUCUAUAUUUGAAAUAACAGGUUAACAGGAGAUUGUUUACUUGUGGUUUGCUGCACUAUUGCAAUGCAAAAGGGGCUUUGAAGCAAUUUUUAUAGGAUUCUUUUUGGGGUGGUUCUAAAGUACAUGGCAAGAGGAGACUGAGGAGUCCACAUGUGUGUUAUAGGAUUGCAAACUGUCCAAUUCCAAUCAACUGCCUAAUCUGUUUGUUAGCAAGUUGUUGCUUUCUGUAAAGUUCUCUUAAGCGUUCCUCUUCAGUUUUAUAAGUCUUUUUUUAAUUUCAAUAAACUAGUUAAAAAAUGA